UGCAUUUAGCGAUCAAUCCAAGUCGUUAAUUAAAAUGGAGUUGUCGUUGACGAUCAUACCUGGCUUGACGGACGAUGUAGCGGCGCUCUGCCUCUCACGAAUCCCGCGCUCAAACUUUCGUGUACUUUCUCAGGUCUGCCGGCGAUGGAAGACCUUCCUCAGGAGCGAGCAUUUCGCCGCCGUUCGAAAGUUGACCGGAACGGUGGAGGAGUUCAUGUGUGUUUUGAUGGAAACCGUGCCUGGCAAGAAAGUGUACUGGGAAGUUUUCGACAGCUCUGGGAACAAACUGGGACAGAUACCUAACGUCCCUGGGCCACUGAAGUGGGGAUACGGCGUCACGGUGCUCGGUGGCGAGAAGAUUUUGUUCAUCGGUGGAUAUACGGGGAUCGGAGGCUGUGUGACCAAUAGAAACACUCCCCUUGCUUCGGCUGAUGUUUACGAGUUUGAUCCUGCUACUAACAGCUGGGGGAAACUGCCGGACAUGAACAUACCACGUUACAACUUUGCAUUAGCUGAAGUGGACGGCCUUUUGUAUGUGGUUCGAGGCUAUACCAAUGAUGGUUAUUGCCUUCUCAACUCUGAUGUAUACAACCCGGAAACUAAUCAGUGGACCCUUAUGGAUUGUCCACAAUUCCGAAAUAUCAGUGGCUUUGCAUUCUCCUUCAAGUCCAAACUCUACGCUUUAGGCAAUGGAUCAUGCACCGUCGACAUAUAUGACCCUAAAACAAAGACAUGGGAAGAGUUAGAGUUGGAGAAAUCAAUGUCUGUCUACUCCUACACUGUUGUGAGGAACAAAGUGUAUUUCUUGGACAAGGACUUGACUGGACGUCUGGGAGUGUUUGAUCCAGAGGAGAACUCAUGGACCACGGUGUUUGUGCCUACGGUGGCGGGAGGUUUCCGGUUUGGAGUAGGGCAAUGGAACAAUAAGGUUCUGCUGUUUUCAAGGCUUUCUGUACAUGAGACCAUAAUCAAUGAUUUUGAUAAAGAGAAAGGGUCCAAGUGGAGAUAUUGUAGUCAGAUUAAACCAUCUGGUUCUCACUUGUUCAGCGUUCUCAUCAACUUCUGAUUUCCCCCUUUGACUUGCAAUCUUUUCUCUAGUGUGUGUGCUUAACGUUUUGUGGCUGUGUCUUGUGUGUCUGGCAAAUGCCCUCAACUUUGUCAAACUGAUUCUUAUAUAUGUAUUUUCGCGAUUAAUGCGCAUGAAUUUAAUUUUGAGAAAUAAAAAUUGAAUGCAAGUUGUCUGUUUUUCCUAUGGUUUUAAAAAUCGGUAUGGGCGGCGACUCAGUCCUUUAAAUCCGAUUGAUAUGACUCAAAUCAUUUGCAACUGUUUUAAAUAGAUUAAAACCAAUUUGUAUCGAUUUAAAUUAGUUUAAAUCUGUUAAAUUAAGCAAUAAUGUUAGUAAGAAUUCUCAAAUUUGUCUAGUUUAUUUUGUUUGUAUAUCUAAUUUUGAUAAUUCAUCAAAAUUAUUCAACUCAAAAUUGAAAUAUUUUAUAUAAAUAAAAAUAUAUAAAAUAAAUCAAUAAUUUGACAAAGUCUAAGCCUCGCUUAGCUUCGAAUAAUCCGUCUAGUCGCAUCUCAUCUACAAAGUGAUUAGUUAUCACCUAACGAUUUCUUAAACAUUGGUUUUCCCGUUUUCCAUUCUUGAUUAAGUACAAAAUGUUUGCUUUUCUUCUGACUUAUAACCAACACUGAUAAAUAAGGAACAACAACUAAAAUGGAUUAUAAGAGCAUGUUCAACGGAAAUAUCCAUAAGAUAUCUCACACUUAAAAGAAAAAAAAAAGAGAAUAUGAGAGAAAUA